AUGUUGUGCCGUUACGCAACAUCCGACUGCGGCUUUGUACUGUGCAACUUCUGCAGCCUCUCUUUGCUUACUCCAUCACGCGUCGACAUGGCAUAUUCGCUGCUGCGUUUCUGUGGCCUCGUCUGUGUCUCGGUAUUGUCUGAGACAACUAGGCCGUGCACAGCGCAGGGCUCUGCGAUUGUUUUGGUUGGCACUGCGGCGUGGUCGCCUCACAUCCUGUUGCCACUGGAAACAGCACCGUGGCAGCUGGUGCCUGUGGCAUCUGAACUUGGGCCUUGGCGUGCGCAGCCGGCCCCAGAUUUUGAGAAGGGCUGCCUGAGGCUCGAGGGCCGCUACGGUGCUGCAGACUUGGGCCUUGGCAGCCUUGGCCUUGCAAAAGGCGGCCAGUCGGACGGAGCUUUGGCUCUCGCCAGACCGCCCGUUCGCUGGUCCUCCAACCCUGGACGCCCUUUGUUGAGGCUGCGAUGA